UCCACGAGUUGGGUCUUGAAAACUUUUAAACUCUUAUCCUAGUUUUGAGCAAAAUUAGAACAAGAAAAUCAACCCAGUUUUGAUACUAGUACUCGUAUGUAUAUUUAAUUUGUUUCUUCUUCCUAAUACCUUAACUAGCUUGCUGCAUGCUGCCUGUCCUGUCGCAGACUAGCUAGGGGACUUUCAAGUAGUUGACCAGUUGUAUAUAAGACACAUGGGGUAUUGGAAAUCUAAGGUUCUUCCGAAGAUCGAAAAGGUUUUUGAGAAAAACGGUUCGAAGAAGGUUGCUGUCGAGGCUUGCAAGUCCUUUGAUGAUUCCAAGGAGGAGAUCAGUCAGGAAUUUGAAGACAAAAGGGCUGUGCUUCAACCGAAAAUAGUUGAAAUAUACGAAGCUUCACCUGCUGAAAUUAAGACCAUAGUUAAGGACCCCAAAGAGGCCGGGUUAAAGAAGCACUCCGCUGAUGUUAACAAGUUCCUUGAAGAGCUCACCAAAAUCGAGUUUCCGGGAUCGAAAGCAGUGUGUGAAGCAUCGUCAAAGAAUGGGGCAGCCUUGGUACCAGGACCAGUGUUGUUUCUCUUGGAGAAAGUCUCAACCUUGAUUGUUGUACAAGAGCCAGCAGCUCAGGAAGAAACGAGCAGCAAAGCGAAGGAGAUAGCAGUGGAAGAAGAGAAGAAAGAAGAGGUUGUCGUGGUUGAAGAAAAAGCUAAAGUGGCGGAGCCUGCCAAGGUCGAGGAAGCAAAGUAAACCACCCAAGGCCCAGACGGCAGUAAAUUAAACACUGGUGUUACAGCUUUAUAUAAUAUACAUAAACAACAUCGAUUGGAUAUUCUUUGAAAUGAUUUCCUUGAAAUUUCUCUGGAAUUGUUUCAAGUGAAGCUAGCUCUCAUGUGUCGUGUGUAACAGUAUUUAAUUGUUUUUUAAUUUUGGAAUUACAGGGUAUAGUAUGGCAGGUGAUUGGGGCAGGAAUUAUAUAUUUGUAUUUGAUAUGCUAGUUUCUUUUGUUAAUAUCGAUUGUAAAAAAGGGGAAAAAAUGAUUGCAUAAAUCUAUGUUACCACAUUAAUUAAGCCCACCGACUCAUUCAAUUAUA